UGUCACCUCUGCAAGCAAGCAAACACACAUCUGCAACUGACACAGUGAAGCACACAGCUCACUUCACAUGCACUUCAUCAUUCCUCACUGUGUUCUGUUUUUUUGUUUGUAUUACUGUUGUUGUUGUUGCUAUGGUUUCCUUCUUGUUGCUGACGUUGUUGUUCUUGUUGCCAUGAUCACAAUCAUCAUCUCUUUUGUACCAGCUGUAAAUGGGGUGUGAGGUUCAGGUUCAUAAUGUUUCCAGUAGAUGACAAGCUUAUGAUUUAUAUCGCCAGGUUCCAGACCUUUGACUAUAACUAUACAGAUAUUUUUGUAAAUGUAUUUUUCCUCUUCCUCUUUCUGACAAAAAAGAAAUCAACAGUAACUAGCUCUCAAGCUGGUGUUUUAAAAAAGGGACCACUUCACUUCCUUUGUGACGAGGGGACAACACUGAUACAAGGACAGUGCCGGCCACCAGCGAGUGUUUGGAGACAUUUUUGCGCUCGUGUGGACAGAGAUAUUUUGUAAAACUAAGGUUGUGUGGACAGAAUUUUUUACAUUUUUUUUAAAGGGAGGGGAAAAACAUUCAUUUUACAAAUCAUCUGUACGUGUGUAGACAGGGCCUGAGUUUGACUGAUUCUGGAUGGAAAUGGAGUGUAACGUAAAAAAUGGAGAGUUUCUGUUUCUGGAUCAUUUCUUGUGUGAGUGAACUACAAACUAUAAGACAAAGACAGAAGUAGUGUACAGUAUCUGACGAGGACAAGACUUCUGUGUGUUCCUAAGGCAUUAUUAAUGACUUUGGAAUGAAACCCAACCCAAAAAAAAAAAACAAAAAAAAAAACACAAACUUUCAUUAUGAAGCUCUGCCCAUCACCUGACUCACCACAGACAAACCAGGAAACAGAUCAUUAUUCUGCUUCACUAAGACAACACACACACAAACACACACACUGAGAGACGGAUGAUACGAUUCACCCUCAGGGAGAGAGAGGACAGCUGCAGGAGGCAACACUGCAACUACAACCAGCUGCUGACUGCAAACUCUGAGUGAGAGAUUUACAACAAGACUCAAGGUGGACGUAACUUUCAGGGAGUGGCUGAGCUGUCUGCCUGCUGUGUUUUCACUCUCACUCACAGACUAAAUGGCUUCAGGUUUGGAGGAAGAUCUUUGCUGUUCUGUGUGCUGCGACAUCUUUGAGGAUCCUGUCAUCCUGGUAUGUAGCCACAGCUUCUGUAAAGUCUGUCUGCAGAGGUGGUGGACGGAGGAAAACACCACAGAGUGUCCGCUUUGUAAGAGAAGACAUACAGGGGAGGAACCACCUCCUAAUCUGGUGUUACAGAAGCUGUGUGAGAGUUUCUUACAGGAGAGAGAUCAGAGCGCUUCAGAGGCUCUCUGCAGUCUGCACUCUGAGAAGCUCAAACUCUUCUGUCUGGACCAUCAGCAGCCAGUGUGCCACGCUUGCAGUCUUUCAGAAAAACACACCAACCACAGAUUCAGACCCGUCGAUGAAGCCGCACGACAACACAAGAAGAAACUUGAGGAAACUCUGGAGCCCUUAAAGGAGAAGUUAAAGGUUUGUGAGCAAGCUAAAGUGAAGUGUGAACAAACAGCAAAACACAUGAAGGUCCAGGCCCGACGCACAGAGAGGCAGAUUAAGGAGCAGUUUAAGAAGCUUCACCAGCUUCUAAAAGAGGAAGAGGAGGCCAGGAUGGCUGCACUGAGGGAGGAAGAGGAGCAGAAGAGUCAGAUGAUGAAGGAGAAGAUGGAGGCUCUGAGCAGAGAGAUAGCAGCUCUUUCAGACACAGUCAGAGCCACAGAGGACGAGCUGAGAGCUGAAGACGUCUCAUUCCUGCUCAACUACAAGGCUGCAGUGGACAGAGUCCAGCAGCGCCCCCUGCUGGAUGAUCCACAGCUGCCCUCAGGAGCUCUGAUAGACGAGGCCAAACACCUGGGCAACCUGACCUUCAACAUCUGGAACAAGAUGAAGGACAUGGUCUCCUACACUCCUGUGAUCCUGGACCCAAACACUGCUGGUCAAAGACUCAUCCUGUCUGAGGACCUGACCAGCGGGAGACGAGGAGAGGGACAGCAGCGUCCUGAUAACCCAGAGAGGAUGGAUCACUACUGCUGCUCUGUCCUGGGCUCUGAGGGCUUUAACUCAGGGACUCACAGCUGGGACGUGCAGGUCGGGACCAGUAAAGGCUGGACACUGGGUGUGUUAGCAGAGUCUGUCCACAGGAAGGGACACAUAGAGUCUGGAUUAUGGAGACUGUGUUUCUGUUACGGUGUGUACUACUCGUUCUCCCCGUCACAUCCGGACACUAACGUCCGAGUGCAGAAGAAGCUCCAGAGGAUCAGAGUGAGUCUGGACUGGGACAGAGGGAAGCUGUCGUUCUGGGAUCCUGACACUAACACACACAUACACACCUUCACACACACUUUCACUGAGAGGAUGUUUCCAUUCAUGAACACUGUGGAUCAUCUCCCACUGAAGGUUUUACCGGUGAACGUCUCUGUGACUGUGGAACAGCAGGAAUAGACUGAUGAUGAUGAUGAUGAUGAUGAUGAUGAUGAUGAUGAUGAUGAUGAUGAUGAUGAUGAUGAUGAUGUGGUGAAUUUUCCUCUCUGGAACAUGUGUCUAUAUUGUCCUAAUGAUGUUGUUGGUUGUCAUGGUGAUGAGGGUGAGGUGUAUAGCAACACAUAGUAAGAGUGUAAAAAUGUUAAAUGUUGAAAUAAUGAAUUAAAAGUACAAACCAACAAAGACCAACUUUUCAUAUCAUUUAAGACUGUUUUCACUCAUGUCAGAGUUUACUCCUCUUAACAGUCCAAUCAGCUCAUUUACUGAGUUUAUUGAUCUUUGCCUGAACAAGAGCACAUCUGCACUGCAUCAUUCUGUAUUCUUAUUUCCAUUUGAGAGUGUAAGUGUGAUUAUAAUGUUGGAUUUUUUGCUGAUAUCAACUUAACAAUUAACAACUUAACUGGUCAAUAACUAAUACCAAUACUAAUAUACCCACUUUUUUCUGCAUGCACUUUUAAUGAUCAUCAAGUCUCUGUUUUUUUUGUAAAUAUCUUUUAUAGAUUUUCAAAAUCUUCACCCCAUAAAACAGAUACAAAACAUGUAUAUUUGACUUCAAUUCAACCAAUCCUCCCCCGGCUGUAGAGGAACACUAUUCAUCAUAUAUGCUGACAAACUGAAAUCAGAAUCCCUGAUUUCAUCCCUACAACCUAGGGCUGGGUGAUACGGACAAAAACCAUAUCUCCGUAUUUUCAGGCUGACUGGUGAUGCAGGAUAUGUAUGUUGCUAUUUUCUACAAAAUGGGCUACAUGUUCAGCUGCAAGUCAGAGACAUUUGAGAUCAAAUAUAAAAUAUAAUAUAAAACAGACUGUGAUCAAAAUAAAAUGCAAAGACAGGGAUUUUUUAUCCUGUUUGAAAACAUACAGCUGCACAACUUGUAAAUGAAAAAUGAUAUAAAAUAAAAGAAGGCCUGUACGUGAACUUUCUGCACACAUGACUGGAGCUACAGAUGUUUAAAGGUUUGCAGCACAGGACACUAAACUAUAACAUGAGUAUAUAAAAGGAUCAAGUAGGUCUAAAUCUAUUGUAGUUUAGAACAAUUAAAAAUUUUUGUGAGGGGAGGUAAAAAGUCAUUUUCCAUCUGUUGGCCUUUCAAAUGAAUCUAGUGCUGGAAGAUGAUUUAAAUCUUUGUAUUAAUUUAGACUGUUAAUCUUAUUUAUGCACAGAGCAUCAACAGAGAGGCUGUGAGAGGGAAGGACGGAGCGACAGACACAUUGUCCGCGUUAUAUACAUCUUGUGUAUGAAAUGUCUGUGUUGCUGCUGCGUUUAUUUAAACACAUCUGUCGCCCGCAUCCAGGCGCUGUCUGAGUGUCACACAUUAGACUACAACUACCAAGAAGAACAGCAACACACUGUGAUCCACCUCACACACAAACUAGCAGCGCUGUAUUGCACUGUGAGUGAGUGCGUGAAAACAACAAAACAUAAAUAAAUAAGGAGGGGGGUGCCAUCUUCCUCUUCAUCAAGGGGCUCCUGUAGCAAACCAAAAAAAUCCAAAAAGGGUCUCCAUGUCUUAAUAAAGGUUUGAAAGGACCUUUUGGAUGUGACAUCUUUGACCCGAUGAAAAAAGGCUGGGGGAGCGCAUUACUUCCAAUUUAAAGGAUCAAACAUCUGGCCAGCUGAGUGGAGAA